AAGUAAGACAACUUAAAAAAAUUAAUUUAACUAAUGCUGAGUGGGAUACUAUUAAAGAUUUUUUUCCUGUAUUAAAACUAUUCACUGAUGCAAUAGAAUUUUUAGGAGGAAGCAAUUAUUCAACAAUUAGUUUUAUAUUUUAUGUAAUUUCAAUUUUAGCUUCUGAUCUUGCAUUAGAUACUGUCAAUAAUUCAGUAAUGAUCAACUUUGAAUUAAGUGCAACUGCAUUUAAUAAUAAUAUUAUUUAUGAGGAUGCAGAUGAGGAAAUAGAUGAGAUAAACAAUGGAACUCAGCGAAUUCGGAUUAAUACACCCAAAAAUUGUGAUAGGCUUAUUAAACGAAUCAAAACUGCUUUAAAUAAAAGCUUGCAUCAUUAUUAUUCAGUUCCUUCUGAAGUUGGCAUGCUAGCAGCAUUGUUGGAUCCCCAGUGUAAAUCACUUAAUUUUAAAAAUAAUCAAGAGAGGUUUUCUACAAUUAUCAAGUUUGCUCGCAAAUACCUUUCUAUUCCUAAAACAUCAACAUCUAGUGAACGUCUUUUUUCAUAUACCAAGAAUAUCAUGUCUUCAAAAUAUACUAAUCUUAAACCACAA